CUCUCUCUCUCUCAGGAUCAAACUAACAGUAGCCCAUAAUUCCAGCUUACAUUUAUUAUUACAGGACAAUUUCCUAAUAGCUGAGAGAAGAUACAGCUGGAUUUUGAGGGACACAGAGAGUGCGCUGUUGUGAAGCGAAAUCGAGAAGAGAGAGAGAGAGAGAGAGAGAGAGAGAGAGAGGAACGGAGGGAGAAAUGUACGCGAUUUGUAAUAAAGAUCGCUACUUUAUCGUCCUUCCGGGCGUUCCGUUUCCUCAUCACUGUUGCCUCGCUGUCUUCCUCAGGGAUCCAUGAGAUAGAAGUCCUGCUCUCUCUAUCUCUCUUGCUUCUUCGUUGGUGGUUCAUCUGUUUCUCUCUUCUCAAUUAGAGCUUGUGUUGGUGAGAUCCCGUUAUAAUUGGGUGAGACUCUAGGGAAUUGAUGUAAAAGAUUGGGUUUUUCUUCUUGGUUUGUGGAGAAGGAUGGGUUUUUUGAGGCCGUCUUUCGAGGUUUCCUACGCGUGAUUCUUCUCGUGGUUGGAGAAUUUUCUGGAUUUGCUCAUCGCCAUUGUGCUCAAAGCGGCGCCUUUCGGGUAUUGCUGCGCCAGAGUUCAGAUCUUUGUUGAAUUUGUGUGGGGAAGAUGAUUUAGGUGGUCUCCUUUUUCUUGCUUGUUACCCAAAACUUGUUCUGGAAAAGCAAAAGAGCUCGUGAGGUGAUAUAUUUUUCUCUCAUCGAAGCUCCCCAAACAGUUCCUCCUGAUCUGCGUGUCUGAAUUUGUUGCAAGAAAUGGCUUCUUCUUUACAUUCCGUCGACAGUCUUGUCGAAGAGAUCAUGAGGCUUCAUCGAUCUCUGCCGCCACGACCAGGAAUAGAUGAGGUUGAGGCUGCGAUGGCGUUAGUUCGCAACGUGGACAAGGAAGAGCAAACCCGCAUCGAUGCCAUCCAGAAUCAGAAUAAGGGAUUCGAGGUCCCCGAAGAGCUCUUCUUUGUGCUGCAAGAGAUGCAGAAGAAUGUAGUGUGCCAUCAGAGCAAAGAACAGAAGCGGGAAGCUCUUAAGUUGCUUGAUCUGGAAAACGUCCAUAUCUUGUUUGAUAAAUUGAUCCAGAGAGCAUCCAGCUGUCUUCCUUCAAGUUCAAGUGGAUUGGCUCCAUCAAUCCCUAUGAACUCUGAGAAGGUUAGCACGGCCAAUUCCAAGACUCCUACUGGUUAUUCAAGUAGCCCCACAUCGGUCUUCCAUUCAGAGAAAGAGGCUGGAAGGAGCAGUGAUCGUGUUACUAGAGAUGACAGUUUCCUGAAAAUGCCAAAGUCCCAUAUAGAUGGGAUUGGUACUAAGUCCCACCUGUCCGGAGGAAUGAUCCCAAACCAGACAACUAGGAAAGAAGUUAUUUCUGGAGAAGAAGGUGGGAAGCUGAGCCUUAUUAAACUAGCUAGCUUGAUUGAAGUCUCUGCAAAGAAAGGCACUCGUGAACUCAAUCUUCAGAAUAAGCUGAUGGAUCAAAUAGAUUGGUUACCUGAUUCGAUUGGGAAGCUCUCUGGCCUGGUUACUCUUGACCUCUCAGAAAAUCGAAUUGUAGCCUUGCCUGCCACGAUCGGCUCUCUUUUUUCUUUAACAAGAUUGGACCUCCACUCGAAUAGAAUUUCUCAAGUUCCUGAUUCUAUUGGGGAUCUUUGUAGCCUGCUGUUUCUAGAUCUGAGAGGGAAUAAUUUAACAUCGUUGCCAUCUAUAUUUGGUAAAUUAGUGCAUCUUGAGGAACUUGACUUGAGCUCAAACCAGCUUUCCUCACUGCCAGACGCAAUUGGGAAUCUUAUACGGUUGAAGAAAUUAAAUGCAGAAACAAAUGACAUUGAGGAGCUCCCACACACUAUUGGGCAUUGUGUCGCUCUUGCUGAGCUUCGGGCAGAUUAUAAUCGUCUGAAGGGCCUUCCAGAAGCUGUUGGGAGGUUAGAAUCUUUGGAGAUUCUCUCUGUUCGCUACAAUAAUAUCAAAGGACUUCCAACAACAAUGGCAUCAUUAUCAAAGUUGAAGGAGCUUGAUGUUAGCUUUAAUGAGCUUGAAUCAAUUCCUGAGAGCUUAUGCCUUGCAACUACACUUAUCAAGCUAAACGUAGGGAAUAACUUUGCCGAUUUACAAUCUCUUCCACGUUCCAUUGGCAAUCUUGAGUUGCUUGAGGAGCUAGAUAUCAGCAACAACCAGAUUAGAGUUCUUCCUGAUUCUUUUGGGAUGUUGUCACAGCUUCGUGUGCUUCAUGCAGAAGAGAACCCCUUGGAGGUUCCACCAAGGCAUAUAGCUGAGAUGGGUGCACAAGCUGUUGUGCAGUACGUGGCUGAAUAUGUCACUAAAAAGGAUGUUAAGGUGCAACCUGAAAAGUCCAAGCCAUGUUGGGUUCAGUAUUGCUUUUUCUGUAGACCUAACAAAAGGAAGCAUGACGGCUUCAGCUAUGUAAACUAAUUAUUGAUUUCAGGGGAUCAUCUUUCCUGAUGUGGAUGCGUGAUCUUGAUGCACACUUGCAAACAGUUUUUUCCGGAUUCAUGUAACAAAUGUCUCUACUAUCUAGGUCCGUUGUUUUACUUGUAUUUCUUCUUUGAAUUUGUAAGAGGUGUGCUUAUUACUUGCUGCAAAUAGAAAAGAAAAAGCACUCAACAAUUUAAUUCUUUACAUAUUUGUUGUAGUUAUCUGUCUUUAGAUUGUAGUGACAGAUUUAUUUUUUGGAGAACUCAAGUAACUAAUUCGUUCUUUCACUGUCAAUAAAUUGUUUACUUUUAGAGUACCAGUGUUGUCUGGAUCUGUGCAUCAACCAUUUUGGAAUUAAGAAAGUUGAUUGAUGACUA